AUUGGUGUUUGCAGAGAGCUCCCGUAUCAUCAUCAUCAUCUCAACUGAGAGAAGCUCCGAAUAAAGACGAAGAAAACGAAGUUCUUGAAUUCAAAUCGUGGGCACGGUUCUUGGAUUCGAGAACUAGGGCAAGAAUUUUGGACAACUAGAAAGUACAGCGGAGAUAUAUAUCUACAUUCGGGGUUGUGUUGGAGUGCAAUUUGGUUUGGUGAUGGAUCACUCGCUGUGGGGGCAUUUGCCAUUGCUGGUGAGGGCCAACUCCAAGGAGUCAGUUGAAUACAUUCUUCAAGCGUUGUGGAGGACCCGCAACACCGGUCUCGACGCCGCCGACCGCCACAUCAUCUGCGACAUGCUCCAACUCCCCAACGACUCCGACCUCGAUCCUCUUUUGGUUUGCCUUCGCAUGCUUAUGCGCAGGUGUGUUUAUGAGAAUAUCAAUAAGGACGAGAUUCAGAAGCUGUUUCCUAAUGAGGUCCUUCCUGAAUAUCAAAGAUUAUUGACACUCCUGCUGCAAAAGUUUCAAAGGGAAUGGCGGGAAGAUGUGCAAAAGGACCAGGUUAACUUUCCCCGCUUAAAGGCCAUGACGUGGAAUAUGGCAAACCAGGGCAUAGAUUUGACAGACCCUGUUGCAGUUAUCAAUUUGAAGCUUCAAAAUGACACACAAUCCAAUGCUGGAGAGAUGGAUGUAAAGUUUCAGUUGGCUAAAGAUACCUUGGAAACAAUGUUGAGAUCCAUGUCCUGUAUAAAAGACCAGUUAUCUGAUGAUGUUGAAGCAUCAAACAGACAUGUAUCCUAAGAGACAAAUAUGGUUUAGUUCUGAUACACUCAACUUGAAGAUUGAGAUGGAAUUUUUUGAAAGUUGGGUUCCUGUCGGUAUAUGAAAGAAGUAGGACCUAGUCGAAAUCAAUGCAGCUGAUGCAAGCAGAGCAUCCCUUGGAUUGUAACAGUGAAGAUACAAACUAGUAGUUGUUUAGGGCCUUAGGCACAUGAAUGGACCUGAUUCUAAAAUAAGGAGCUUUAAAUAUUUAGGCUCUCUUCUGUGUACCAUUCCAUAGUUGUUGCUUUAGGCUGCGUUUUAGUCAUGAAUAUGUUGAGGAUUUGUCAUGGUAAAAAAAAAUGAUAGGAAAGCAUUGAAAUGGAUUUGCCUUUUCACUUCA